GUUCCCAUCACGCCCUCAAACACCUGCUCCCCUUGAGAGUUCCCCAUCCCGGUGAGGACACUGCCAUGCACCGAUACCCCCAGCCGGAAGGCACACGGGCCCCUCUGCCUCCCUUGCACUGCCGCUCAAGCCCUCUGGAAUCUGGCUCCUAAGCUGUUCUGGAACCAUCCACACCUCUCCACCCCACUGCCGCUGGCCUUGUUCUGACCACCUUCCAUGCCUCAACCCUUCCCCGCACAUUCCCACAGUCCUGCCACUGGCCCGGCCCAAGUGCGACCAAGUGGCUGGCCCGGACCGCCUCCGAAUCCCCGCUCGCCACGAGCUGUGUGCCCCGGACAAGUCACUGCACCUCCUCUUCCUCAUCUGUAAAACGGAAAUGGGAUACCAGCCCCCGCGUCGUCAGGUUCUCACAAGCAUUAAGCGAAUCAUAGCCUUUGACGAGCUGCGGACCGACUUCAAGAACCCCAUCGACCAGGGGAACCCAGCGCGGGCACGCGAGCGUUUAAAAAACAUCGAACGCAUCUGCUGCCUCCUGAGGAAGCUGGUGGUCCCGGAGUACUCCAUCCACGGGCUCUUCUGCCUGAUGUUCCUGUGCGCGGCGGAGUGGGUGACCCUGGGCCUCAACAUCCCCCUCCUGUUCUACCACCUCUGGAGGUACUUCCACCGCCCCGCGGAUGGCUCCGAGGUCAUGUACGACGCGGUCUCCAUCAUGAACGCCGACAUCCUCAACUACUGCCAGAAGGAGUCCUGGUGCAAACUCGCCUUCUACCUGCUCUCCUUCUUCUAUUACCUGUACAGUAUGGUUUAUACGUUGGUGAGUUUCUAAGGGGGAAGCCGGCCAGGGAGCGAGCCCAGAACGGACCGGACGCCUGUGCACCCCCAGCCCCGCCCCUCGGCCGCAGAGGCCUCAGCCCUGGGGAGGGAGGGGCACUGGUGCCCCCAGCCUCCUCUCCACCCCCCAAACUGCUGCUGCGGGGACCUCCCGCCUUCAGAGCCCCCCUCCCCUUGGACUAGGGUCGGGCAGAGCUCUAAAUAGGGGCAGGGGCUCCUCUGCCAGCCUGCGGGCAUGGCAGCCAGGCCUGGGAAGGGCGGGACCUCUGGCCUUGUCCACUUCAGGGGUAACUUGGGCCCUGCCAAGGGGCAGGGCUUGCCCCUGGAGGUUCUGGGCCGCCCCCCUCCACCCCCACCCUGAGGCUCCCCCUGCAGGUGGGGGGGUACCCACACCGGGAAUGAGCAGGCUCAGCAGGGGGCAGCCCCACCCCUACUCUGCCCUCUCCCCCCCCCCCCAGGCUCUCUCUCCAGAACCCUCCCUAUUUCCACUUGCCCAGCCCCCCGCCCUGUCUCUUGGACCUAUUUUCUAUGUUGCCUGGAGGAGUCCGGCACCCCCUCCCCGGCCAUUUGUGACAAAAUAUGAAUAAACUACUGCGAACACGUGGG